AUGGAAGAAGGACUUGUUCAAGAAAUAAUCAAAGAAUAUUUGCAAUUCCACAAUAUGCAGGCAUCCCUAAAGUCUUUUACAGAAGAAGCUAAGCCUCCAAAGCAACGUAUAAAAGAAGACGAUAUCCCAUCAAUGCCCAAAAUUUAUGCAUUAUCAAAAGGUGAAGCAGCCAUAGCGGCAAGGGAAGCACUAAAAGAAAAGCAGUUCAAACUUAUAGAAAAAAACUACAACAUAGUCAUACAUGCUGGAAAGCAGCUAUUAGCCCUCGCAAUUGAUGCUACUCAAAAACUAGAAAACAUAAAUAUAAUGAAAGAAGCAACAGAUGUGUACAAAGAACAGUUGACGAGAUAUAACCAGCUAUUUAUGAGUGAUUCUCGUAUAGAAGAAAAAGAAGCUCUAGAAAUUGUAGGAGAAGCUGACCUAAAAAGCUUGAAAAACAAAAUCCAAAGCGCUUUUAAAAAUCGUGAAUUUGCUGGUCUUAAGGAGCAACUGGCAAAAAUAAGAACUGCAGCUUUAGCUGUCUCACCGAAACAUAGAAGGAAAAUUGUUGAAGUGAUAGUAAAAAUUGACCCAUUUGCGGGGCAUUUAGUAUGAUUAUUAAAAAAUACACAAGGCUCUAUGAAAAUUAACAUUUUGGCUUUGGUUUCUGUUAUGGUUACUAUCCCAAAGGGUGUUGCAGCAACUCUUAAACAAAACUAUCAGCAAAUAAUUAUCGCUUUUACUGAAAUCUUAACGCAAGAAGCUCCAGGCAGUCUAGGCCAGCGAUUUGUAUAGUAUCUGCCAGCAAAUUUAGGAUUUUAAGUAUAUAUUUGAUUUGACACACUCUAUUAAUUUCAAUUAUUAUAUUAGGAAUUUUCCAAAAAAUGUCCUUAUGAAAUGAAGGGGUUGUCAGUCAUUUAGUCGAACAAGAAGCCAUUCAAUGGCUCACAAAAGAAAUUCUGGAGAGGCAUAUACUACAAAAAGAGUACAUGCACCCAUAUUCUCUUGACUACGGCAGCGCUUUACUAUCCUCGUUAAUCAGCAGUCAUUCCGGCCUCCUCUAUUUAGAGACCCAUCAGUCAGAUGCCUCAGGUGUAAUGCAAAGCCUCUUAGAAAUGAUUCAAGCUGAAGGCGUCGAAAGCUGCGUUAUCAUUCACUUAUUAAUUUCUCUAACUUCUAUGGCAAAUGAUCGAUUCGCAGCACAGCAAGAAAACACAGGAUUUAACGACAGAAUUUCAGAAUUUGUAGAAAACUAUAGUGUGAAGUCUUCAGAGCUGGAAAACGAAGACCCAGAAAACAGAAAAAUCAUUCUGGACAUGUGUGCACAUCUUUUCCAUCCAAGAGACCAAGCAAGCAGUACAUUAAAUACCAGCGAAGUUAUGGAAUUCAAUGCAAAAAAGCAUCAAGAAGAGGUAAGAGAGCUAGAGAAAAAACUAGACGAUGAAAACGAGAUUUUAGUGUUCGAGUGUUUCCCUGAUGAAGUUGUACUUUUGGUUUAG